AUGCAGACUUGUCGUACUAGAAAUUAUAAUGAUAAUGAAAAAGAUGAUGUUACAAUAUACCGUGAAUAUUUAGACGCUAAAGUAAAAUAUCAGUCUAUUCGAUCAAAGCUAUUUAAUGUAAUUGCUGAUUCUUCUGACUAUGAAAAUGCUUUUAAGACAUAUCAAAAAAUGGAAGAUGAUGUCCUUGAUGUCUUUAGUUAUAGAAUAAAAUAUAAAAUAGGAUUACAUUUACUUUCUGGAAUCAGUUGCACUAAAGAUGUUAAUAAAGGUUAUAGGAAAAUUGUUGAAGCUGGGAAUUUUGGUCUUCCAGAUGCAAUUUUAUUGAUAAAUAAAUAUAGAAAUGUAAAAGAUCAUGGUGCACAAGAAGCAUUCAAAUUACUCAAUAAGCAUUAA